GACUGUGGAAGAAAACGGAAUGUGCAGGAAUUCCGCAAAGCCGGUUGCAGAAAUGGUGAGUCGACUGUACAGAGCCGGCUCUUUUGACAAUCCUACAACUCAAGCUUUGCGUCCUGCAGGGCGUUUAAUGACCCCCCAACGGCUAGAAACUGCUAUAUUCGAGCAAGGGAUUAUAAAUAUGGUUGAUUUUGUUGCAUUGGUGGCACAUAAGGUUGGAGCUCCCUUAGUGAAGGUGCAUUAUACUGUGGGUGUCCUCCAUUUGGUUGGCGGUGAAGUGGCAGAUAUCUGGGCUGUUGGGGAUUGCCUAGCUCUGCUGCAUGUGGUACAACCUCAACAAGUUCUGGCUGCACUGGUCCACCUUUUGCUUGCUGAUUUUGGGGAGGUGGCUAUGGCAGAUUAAUUUGCCCCCCAAGUGCUGGAGCUGGAAUAUUUUGAUUUUGCCUUUGAAGAACUGUUGCUUGUGUUUGAGGUUCAAUUCUAGCACGUCGAAAUGCUUCUUGCAUUUGUUCUGUUUCAGCUUGAAAAGCUCUCAAAUUUUCUGCAUUUUACUCGCGCUAGAUUCUUGCACUUUCU